GAAUCACAACCAUGAAUGCUGUAAAUGCUGUGCAACUGUUCAUUCUGGUUUGGACCUUUACUGCUGUCUGUCAAGCUGAUGAUGAUGUCAUUGUAAGCUGUCAGAAUGUGACUGGUUCUGUGGGGAAAGAAGUAACUCUCACCUGCAGCGUCUCUCUGCAGUGCACUGAAUACUGCAUUAAAAAUUAUAAGUUUCAAUACCCUGAGAGCUUUAAUGACUCCGUAAUCUGUCAUCAAGACUUUCCUAAUGACCCCUGUGAACAGAGGAACAGCUUCACAUGCAGCUACACUCCAACUACAGCAAUGACAGAACAAUUCACAUUCUUUGUGCAAACAAACUGUGGAAUGAAAAGAGCAGGAUUCACUGUGGACACAUCAGUUUCCUCAGGACGUAUGAACCCAGAAAACCCAUCAGGAUCCUCUCCACCUGAGACAGCAGCAGGAGUCAAGGAUACUGUCAUCACUGUGCUUGUGAGUGGUUUCAUCCUCAUCCUCAUCCUCAUCAUCAUGAUGGCGAUCAUUUGCAAUACAAAACCAAACUCUACCAAACUUUGUAGAUUCCAGAACUGGAUGUUUUUGAGUGUCAGACAUGAUGAGGACAACGAUCGUCCAGAAAAUGAGAUAUAAUAGCAUUGAAUUUUGUUUGACUUUUCAUGUGGUGCUCAUGAAACACACAAGCUUUAUUUGAACUC